AUGCUGGGACAGUGCAAGCUGGCCAGGCAGAAGCUAGAGAGUGCUAAGGCCCAAGGCGACAAGGCGGACCCCAGCCUCGUAGAGGACCUUGAGAGGAAGGUAGCAUUCCUAGCGGAAUACGAGGCUCUGCCUCUCCGUGACAAGAAAAAGGAUGCAAUGCUGCAAAGCUGGUCCCAGGAUAAGAGCCUAAAGUCCUGGGCCGAGAUGCACUGCAACUAUACCCAAGACAAGGGCACCGAGUCCCGGGAUCGCUCGAACUACGGCACCAAGUACGAAGUUGCGGCUACGCUGAAGCUGGACGUGAAGGACCCAGCUCAAAAGCGUAUCCUCGACGAGACCUUGAAGGACAUGGAUUCCGACUCCGACUGGGACGAGUCCAACCCCUUGGAGAUGGCCAUGAAAAAGCAGAAGCUUCGUCGUUACACUUGGACAAAACAUGAAGGCACAGAACACACCAUGGGUUCCAAGGAGAGCACGUCUGUCGUCGUGAGCAAGGAUGUGACGAAGCACGUGGCGAAGGCAGGUUUGAAGAUGAUCACAGAAGGAGCAUCCUCGGCGACCGGCACCACCCCCAGCGUGAAGAUCGAGCAUUUAUUUUCCAACGAAACUUCCGUUAGCGCGCGUUUGGGAAACCCUAACUGCGCUGCAGAGGAACCCUGUGCAAAACACUCUCUUUUUUCUCCUAGCGGACAUGGGGGGUCAGUUCGGGCCCGAUCUUCGGGCACUGACGAAACGAUGCAUCUCGAUUCAAAACUCGACCGCUGGUCGAUGGUAAGGCGAACGACUGGUUCACCCCUCGACCGCUGGUCGAUGGUAAGGCGAACGACUGGUUCACCCCCCCCUACCAGGGAAAAACCCGUACCACGGGAAGAUAAGGUGAAACAUUCUCUGACCUACUGGGUCACUGCAGCUACAAGUUGCUACUCUGUAGUCUGA